CAUCCUCUGCGAGGUUGAGUUAGCUCCUCAGCAUGUCUUCUGACAAGACUUUCAGGAUCAAGCGAUUCCUGGCCAAGAAACAAAAGCAGAAUCGUCCCAUUCCCCAAUGGAUUCGAAUGAAAACUGGUAAUAAAAUCAGGUACAACUCCAAGAGAAGACACUGGAGAAGAACCAAGCUGGGUCUGUAAGGAGCCUCACAAAUGAAGUGGCAAACAUUUGUGUCGAGUUCGCUUGCCUCUUACCAUAUCAGAACGUCACUAAUGGGUUAUUGUCUGGAAAUGAGAAAAAUGGGAUGUUACCUCUUUUCUUGAUGUGUUGGCACCAAUGCUCACUGUCAGGCCUGCUAAUAAAUGAUACCUAUUGUUGCAAAAAAAAAAAAAA